AUGGAGUUGCUGAAUUGGAGGAUAGUUGUUUUCGUUUUAGGUUUCUUCAGACUUUCCGCGGCUUCUGGACCUGAUUGGUCAUGUGACUUUACAGUAGAUGACUGUGGAAUCAUUCAGCUGCAGGGAAAUUGGACAGUUGUUGUGUCAAAUGGAAAUGAUAUGAUAGACGUAGAUGUAUCCUCAAGCAUGCCUGGUGACGUAUUCGCUUUCUCCAUACCUUACAACUUCACCUCACCGGUUGGGAAUAUAUCGUUUGAUUAUUUAAUUGCCGGUGUUGAUACGGUAUUGCUGGUUAUGGCCUGCAGGGGUAGGAGUGGGGCUGUAAAAGAAAUUCCGGUAAAUGGAUCAGUGCCCUUGAUGGGCUCGAUGCUGAUCCCUUAUUCAUGUGCAAGUGUUCAGGAUGUACAGAUAAUCUUUAAUGCAACACAACAGGAUGUCCCACCACUCAUCAGACUAGACAACAUUGAGAUUUAUGAAUCAACAUAUACAGAAAUUCCGACAACACCAACAACAACAACAGUUAUCGUGACAACGGAAUCUACGACUACUGUAACAGGUACUACCGAGACACCAGUAGUUGAAACGGUCACCGCCCCUACAGGAGAAACAAUAUCAGCUGAUGAUGAUUCCUGGCUUAUUCCUGUCGUAGCAACUGUUUCUGCAUUGUUGGUUAUAAUCGUCGUAAUCUUGAUAGUGGUUUUCGCCUAUCGCAGAAGGACGCCCUCUGCGUCUGCUGCAGAUGCGUUCAAGGUUCAGAACGGGAAUGUGAGCGCUGAUUUCGUCGGGAAUCCCGUUUAUCAGAGUGGUAACGUGACCCCACGAGAGGAUGAGGGAGCAAACGAGUCGCUCAUCGGGAGCCCGCUCUAUGAAAGUUCGAUCCAUGAAAAUAAUGACAGCAGAGAUACCCUACCAGCGGACCAAGUCCAAAAUGAUGCUGUUCACUAUCAGCAGAUUCGGGGCAAUGCGCUAUAUGCUGCUGUAAAUAAGUGAGAUUCGGGGGCGAAUGUACGAUCUUGAUUGGGAAGCUGCAUCGGGGUUCGCGAGGGAUCCUCUUCCUAUUUCUGUCGCGCUAGAUUACAAUGUAUGAAGGCAUUUAACACUCAUCAACAGAAGGAGAGUCUUCCAGGACACACCUCAAAUGCGCCUGGCCUUGGCCAUUAUAACCCAACAUAAAUCUUCUAGAUAUCUCAUGUUUGAAAAGGGCAAACCCACUAUUUUAUUUUUAUAAUGCCUUUCUUGGUAGUUUCUGAGGUCAAAAUUUCACUUCUUGACAUUACACAAAUUUUCGUUAAAUACACAGGUCUUGUAUACAUUUCUUUUUCCUUAUUUUAACGUUGUUCAAUUUUUUGUUGAUUGUUC